UCCGAGCGGUUGUGUCGGGCGCUCGAGUGAGCUUCCGUGUGACAUGUGAUAGUUGCUGUGGCCACGGCGGCGUAAGAUGACAGUGACCAACUUUGGCAUGAUGCGGCCAUGCUUCACUGGAUACCCCUUCCAAGGUCAGGGCCGCGUGAACCAGCUGGGUGGCGUGUUCAUCAACGGCCGUCCUCUGCCCAACCACAUUCGCCUCAAGAUCGUGGAGAUGGCGGCCGCGGGGGUGCGUCCCUGCGUCAUCUCGAGGCAGCUGCGCGUGUCGCACGGCUGCGUCUCCAAGAUCCUGAAUCGGUACCAAGAGACGGGCAGCAUCCGGCCCGGGGUCAUCGGCGGCAGCAAGCCGAGGGUCGCGACCCCAGAGGUUGAACACCGCAUUGAGGAGUACAAGAAGGAGAACCCGGGGAUCUUCAGCUGGGAGAUCAGGGACAGGCUCAUCAAGGACGGGCUCUGCGAUCGCAGCAACGCGCCCUCCGUGAGCGCCAUCUCGCGGUUGCUGCGGGGUCGGGACGGCGAUGACGACAAGAAGCUGAGUGACGGCAAGACGAGCGAAGGGUCGGACUGCGAGUCGGAGCCGGGGAUUCCCCUGAAGCGAAAACAGCGUCGGAGCCGUACGACGUUCACGGCUCAGCAGCUGGACGAGCUGGAGAAGGCGUUCGAGCGCACGCAGUAUCCGGACAUCUACACGAGGGAGGAGCUGGCGCAGCGGACGAAGCUCACGGAGGCCAGGAUACAAGUGUGGUUCAGCAACCGACGCGCGCGUCUCCGCAAGCAGCUGUCCAGCAGC